GUCCGCUUAUUCCAUGUUUCGUUCGCGGCUGCCACGAACAAUAAAGUGCCAACAGAUCGACUUGUCAGCCAAUUCGUGUCGGCGAAUAAUUGUUUAGUUUGCGCGUUAGCUACGGAGUUGAAUGAAAGUUUGCAUUUAGUGGGAAGCUGCUUGGAGCGUUGAAUAGUUGCAUCCGUCGGGGUUUGACUUGAACUCAAAGUGUCCGUGGAGAUUUCUGUGAUUUUUGAAAACAGUGAAUUCCGCUUCGAAAGAUAAGAGGUCAAGUGAUUGUCCCGGAUUUUCGGCAAGAACUCGGCUAUUACGUAAAUAUCGGGUGACGGUUGCCAGUGAAGUUUCGUAGACAGAUUUUGGCGACGUGAAAAAUUUGGAGCACGGUCAACACUAAAGCUCGCGUGGCAAAUGAUUCGCCUGAUUCUAAUACAAAAAUAAGAGUGAUUGGUAGUCGUGGGACCAACUGAGAAGAUAAAUCUGCAGAAGUAACUUGGACGCUACGACGGCUCAAGUACGAAACCGGCGAAUUUCAGAGAUCAGUCUACGACGGCUAUCGCAGAGAAAUGGCAUCAUCAGUGCUUACGACCGCGUCGAAAUCAAGUUUGAAUCACAUAACGUCACGUAAACGGUCAUACGAAAGCAUGGACACAAGUGCUAAUAGCAACGGCUUAGCUGCGGGAAUGUCGGCCGGAAACGGAACUUAUACUAACGGAACCAAGGACGCAUAUGAGCCGAUCAAAAAGGGCUCAAUUCCUCCGACAACUACGUCGCGCGAUCGAAGUUCUCUGCAGUCAACAAGUGGUGCUGUUGAAUUUAUGGCAAUGUGCAAGCCAGCACCAUACUCAACAGAUCUUGAUGCGAUCGAAGAACGGGAGCGUGUUGACUACUCGCAAAGGAUCACGUAUGAAAUGGCAAGAUCUGGAACAGCACCACGUCGCCCUCGAGUUUAUGCCGAUGGUAUUUAUGAUGUUUUUCAUCAAGGACAUGCCAGACAAUUGAUGCAGGCGAAAAAUACAUUUCCAAAUGUGUAUUUAAUUGUUGGCAUAUGCAGUGAUGCGCUGACCCAUGCCAAUAAAGGGCGCACAGUAAUGGACGAAACGGAGCGUUAUGAAGCAGUACGGCACUGUCGUUAUGUGGAUGAGGUUGUUGCUGAUGCUCCUUGGACCAUUACCGAUGAGUAUAUUAAGAAGCACAAAAUCGAUUUUGUUGCUCACGAUGAUAUGCCAUACGGUGCUGAUGACACAGAAGAUAUCUAUGCACCUUUGAAAGCCAAAGGAAUGUUUGUUGCCACCGAGCGAACAGAAGGAGUGUCGACUUCCGAUAUUGUAGCGAGAAUCGUUAAAGACUAUGACAUCUAUGUUCGUCGCAACUUGGCGCGUGGCUACUCAGCCAAAGAACUGAAUGUUUCAUUCCUUUCAGAGAAGAAAUUCCGUUUACAAAAUAAAAUGGACGAACUGAAGGAUCGAGGAAAACGUGUGAUGAAUGAGGUCAAGGGUGAUAUUAUGACUAAGUGGGAGGAGAAAUCACGCGAAUUGAUCGAUGCAUUUUUGGAAUUGUUUGGACGCGAGCGACUCACACAUAUUUGGAACGAAUCAAAGGGUAAAAUUAUGCAAGCGUUGAGCCCACCCGAAAGUCCCAAUGGGUCCGUGAAAGGAGAUGAAGAGGAUGAUGAUGAUGAUGAAGAGUAUGGACUGCCCGAUGUUAGUGUGGAUGCACCAACACCGCCAGCGAAACGGAGAUAUAAUGGCAACUACAACAAAAGGAGAAAUUAUUCCGAGUCGGACGACGACGAGAGGACGAGUCAUUAGGGCUAAACACAUCUUUUAUGUCUAUUUAUUCGAUUGCUUCGUACGAUGUGUCUUUAAUAUGUUGCAAACAAUAACUGCACUUUAAUAUAGCGCUCAAAUCUUGAAGCUCCAGUGGCGUUAUUGAAAUGCUUACUACUUGAUCGUGAAGGGAUGAAACGUGGAUAGUGAGUAUUGUGACAGUAUCUUCAUUUAAGUGUCUACGACAGAAUAACCAUUAGAUUAAGAUACAUUGUUGAAACAAUACAGUUUUAAGCCCUUAUAAAUUCAAAUUAGAAGUUCAAGAUUACACACUUUUACAAUACUUUAAUGGAAUAUUUUUCUAGUGAAGAUUUUUCGGCAGUUUAUUGCCUUCAUUAGCGGAUAAGCUUACAAUUUGUUAUUAAUUUCUCCUUCCAAACACCAUUCGUUUCUGUGACGGAACGCUUCUCAUGUGGGGCGCAUCAAAUGAUUUUUUCAUUUUAUUGUUAACACAUGGAUGUGAUGUAUAAGAAAUCAACCCAAUAUGAAAACAACAAAAACCAUGAAAAGGAAAACAUAGCCUAGCUUAGUAAUAAAAGUAGUGUAGGGUGAGAGAGCGACAUGCACGCGAGAGAGUGUUUUGUGCGUUUUUAUUAUCACAGUUUAUUCUAGUUUGUUAAUUUACUAAAGAUUUGGUGAUAUUCUCUUUGACCGAAAAUAGAAGUAUGAUUUGAAAAAUCGUAGAGUUCAUAUUUUGAAUGCGGUGGUAGCACAAUCAAAUGAAGCGCGCUAAUGAACACAGCCAGGCCGUGAUCUGCGCUACUUAAAAUUUUGCUUGUAAGCUCUUGGAAAGUUGAGGUCAAAACCAAUAAAAUCAUUGAAACGUCGUAAGAUCUAAUCCUCGGUCAAUAUGAUAACAAUAAAUUAUUAUGUAAUCUACUUUAACUUUUUGUACGCUAGUGAAUUUACCUCUUAUUUAUUUAUAUUUCUUUUCGCCUUGAGGUUCAUCUCAGUCCAAGGCGGCUUAAUGUUUCUAUUAUACACCGAUACAUUUGUCUUUAAUUUAAACGAAAAGUAUUGUUGGACAACAAGCGAGUAACGAUGAUGUAAUGAGAUGUUAAAAAUAAGAUGUGAAAUGCUUUAUUAUUACAGUCUACUCGCAUAGGUCGAGUGUGUAAGCUGUAAAUUCUAAACAUUUAUGAUAUUUGAAAUAAAAUGUUGACAGAGAAUAUAAAACUGUA